CGUUGAUUUCGAUUUCGACCAUCCGCAGAAUCGGAGCCACCCAGCACGACCACCCCCAGCCCAGAUCGAUCCAGGCAAAGCCAUCGGAAGCCUCGGGCGAAGCUUCGGCAGUCUGGUGGACAAGGGCGAGGGGCUGCAGUACUCCAGGCACCUGGUGGACCGCCGGGAGGUGCGGGUCAUCGCGGGCCACGGGGGCAGCGGCGGCCUGGCGUACAAGAAGCACACCAAGCACAAGAUGAUCGGCCCGGGUUGGCCCUGCGGCGGCAGCGGCGGUCGAGGAGGAGACGUGGUGGUGAAGGCAACUCCGGACCUUUGGAGCCUGGCGCACGUGAACGGACACGUGCAAGCGCCCAACGGGAUGACCGGGCGGAGGGGGAACCUCAACGGGGAGAGCGGCCGGCAGUGCGUGAUCUCGGUGCCGCGGGGGGUCUUCGUGCGUGAGCUCCUCGUGGACCCCGAGGAUUCCCGGCAGAAGCGCCGCGGGGCGCUGCUGGCGGACUUGGAUCAGCCCGGGCAGUCGGUGACGGUUGCCCUGGGGGGCAAGGGCGGCAUGGGUAACAACAUGGCGCGGGUUCACGAGGCCUUCCUGGGCUUGCCGGGCCAGGACCGGCGUAUCGAGCUUGAGCUGAAGACCGUGGCGGACGUCGGCCUAAUCGGCAUGCCCAACGCGGGCAAGAGCACGCUGCUGGGGGCGGUGAGCCGGGCGUGCCCGAAGAUCGCGCCCUACCCCUUCACCACGGUGGCGCCCUACGUGGGGAAGGUGGACUUCGCGGACGGCAGCAGCUUGACCAUGGCCGACGUCCCCGGGUUGGUGGAGGGCGCCCACCAGGGCCAUGGCCUGGGCCACGAGUUCCUAAGGCACCUGGAGCGCACCAAGGCCAGCGAUUCGGAGGGCGGGGGUAGGUUCUCGCCUUCAGAGGUUCAGACA